GUUCAGUUUGAAUUGAAAAUGGCGUCAGGAGAUCACGUCACAGAUCGUUUGGAAAUUAUUGUGUCUGACAGUCUGUGGAUAAAAGCUUUCUUUGCGUUGAAGUUUUUAAAAGAAAAACAGUUUAAUGACAAUGUCGAAAUCAACAUUAUUUCUGCAAGAACUGGGUAAAGAAACACCUUGAAAAGAAUGCAAACUCAUGCCCUAUAUGUGUGCUGGUGUGCAAGAUCUGAGCGAGGAAACAUUGGCUCAGCCUCCUAGGAUUCUUACAGAUUAUUUGAAUGGUCUUAUGAUUAGCUGCGAUCACUCGGAAAGAGGUUGUACUGAGGUGCUACCAGUUUCAGGACUACAAGCACAUGUUCCUGAGUGUAACUACCGUCCCAUUGUUUGUACAAAUGAGAAAUGUGGACAAACAUUCAACCAAGAAGAUCUGACUGAACACGUGAUCAAUGCAUGUGAGUACAGACUGGUACAUUGCUCAGACUGUGAGGAUGACAUGAUUUAUAAGAAGUUCAGUAAGCAUGCAUGUAUAAUCAGUAAGGAUCUCAACGAAAUGGGACUGGAAUGGUCAAAAGUAAAGAACAUUUUGACUGAAAUGUGUUAUUCCCAACAAGUAAUAUGUGAUUUGCAGAAAGAAAUACUGAACUCAGUAGAAAGUUUAGCAGAUGAUAAACAAAACAUGACAACGCCAUCACAACUACCUUCGCCCAAUGUCAGCACGCAUAUCAUGGCUAUGGGCGGCCGAAAUAAUGAGGGUAACCUGUGCUCAGUUGAGGUUUUGUAUCCGGGUUCUCAGACGUGGACAGUGUUGCAACCCAUGCAAGAAUCCCGUGGUUCUGCUGCAUCAGUAAUGUAUGGAAAUGAUGUCAUUGUCAUUGGAGGACGGUCCAUUGAAGGUUGUAGUGAUAGAAUAGAAAGAUUAUCAGUCUGCAAGCCAUUCAAGUGGAUUCCUUUACCUCUGAAAUUGCCUAGUAAAUGUUGUGGGCAUAAAGUUGUUGUAAUUAACAAAUGUCUUUAUUUGGUUGGUGGACAUGCUGGGAAGACACCUUUCAACACCAUCUACAGCAUAUUACUUCAUCCCCCAUACACCGUAGAAUUGAAAUAUGAACUGGAACAAGCAGUUUGUUUUCAUGGUUUGCAGGCCUUCGGAGUUUGCCUAUUGAUCUUUGGUGGAUCGCCAAGUGGUACAUUAGAAAAAGCUGUUAACACUGUCUUUUCAUAUAAUACAGUAACUAAUGAAGUCUCUGUAAUGAAGUCUUUGCCAUUUGCAAUUUGUGAUGUUGCUUCUGUAAGAUGGAAAAACAAUGUGCUCAUACUUGGAGGCACCGCUAAUAAUGGCAUUUCGUUAAACACGGUCAUUUUGUACAAUGUCAAAGGGAACACACUUAAAAUGUUGCCAUCAAUGAGGCAUGCAAGGUCGUCAUGUGCAGCAACAGUUUUUGGUGACAAAGUUAUUGUAAUGGGAGGUUAUGAUUGGUGCACAAAGAAAUAUCUUAAUUCUGUGGAAUGUUUUGACCCGGAUCGUCAAGUGUGGGAAGAACUUCCAGCAAUGAACAAAGCCCGAAGUGAGGCCACUGCUGUGGACUAUGCUGGACUAUAAUUCCUAGUGUGGAUUAUCUUGAUCGUAGUAGUGUACUGCAAAAUGUUUUUCAGUUCUGGCAACAAUGGAAAUAAUUUUGUUAAAUAAAAUGAUAGAGAUUAAUUUGUGUCUUUGUUAUAGCUGCUGACUGAAAAUAGUGAAUGCUGG